GCCUUGAGGCACUGCCCGCAUACGAUUUGAUGGAAAAUAGGUUCUAAGUUGCUAGAGGGCAUGGACAUGCUGUACCCUUUUCUGCAUCAUCCCAGAAGGCUCAAGGCAGAAUCCUGCACAUAGAAGGCAUUCCUUCCAUCUGUAACAUGUCAAAUGAGGCAGUGUGGUAUAGAAGAAAGAGUACUGACUGGAAAUCAGAGAGGCAUGAAGAACUUGUUCUAACUUUGACGCAUUCCUGCUUUCUGCCCCUGGGCAAGUCACUUCAGUUCUCUGGCCCUCAGUUUCCUUCUCUUUAAAAUGAACAUGCGAAUAUCCACUUCACAAGGUUGUUGUGAAGAAUACGAUAAGCUAGAUUCAAGAGUUUUUCAUCUCUAAGAUAUCCCACUUUAAAAAUAAAUGCCUUUCCGAGGGAUCAUAUCUCAAGACGUCACCCUGUUAUGAGUUACCACAGCCAGCCAAAGCAAGACUGUGACAAGGACUCAAGUGAGAAGGUCCUGUGCAUGUUAGUAAGCAAAGAAGAGUCAAAACAUCCAGCAGGAGCAGGAAGAGAAGAGAUACUCAGCAUUGCAAAGCUAUCGUGAGAAGUAGAGGACAAGGUCCCUCCCUGUGUUCAGGUUUGAAGGUAAGAAUGUUUUGAUUUUUAAGAAUUUAUUCGGCAGUGGUGGCUAGGGCGGUAGUGGCAGCAGUCGGGGCUUGCAGCAGGCCUCAGGGCUAGGAGCACGGCACGGCCUAGAGCAACAGACAGCACAGUGGCCAAGAAGGAGGCGCAGCAGCCACCCUGACCCAUCAUGGAGAUGGAAAAGGAGUUCGAGCAGAUUGACAAGUCCAGGAGCUGGGAGGCCAUUUACCAGGAUAUCGAACACAAAACCAGUGACUUCCCGUGUAGAGUGGCUGAGCUUCCUAAGAACAAAAACCGAAAUAGGUAUAGAGAUGUCAGUCCCUUUGACCAUAGUCGGAUUAAACUACAUCAAGAAGAUAACGACUAUAUCAAUGCCAGUUUGAUAAAAAUGGAAGAAGCCCAAAGGAGUUACAUUCUUACCCAGGGCCCUUUGCCUAACACGUGCGGGCACUUUUGGGAGAUGGUGUGGGAGCAGAAGAGCAGGGGUGUCGUCAUGCUCAGCAGAGUGAUGGAGAAAGGCUCGUUAAAAUGCGCACAGUACUGGCCACAAAAAGAAGAAAAAGAAAUGAUCUUUGAAGACACAAAUUUGAAAAUAACAUUGAUCUCUGAAGAUAACAAGUCAUAUUAUACAAUUGGACAGCUAGAACUGGAAAACCUUACAACCCAAGAAACUCGAGAGAUCUUACAUUUCCACUAUACCACAUGGCCUGACUUUGGAGUCCCGGAAUCGCCAGCCUCAUUCUUGAACUUUCUUUUCAAAGUCCGAGAGUCGGGGUCACUCAGUCUGGAGCACGGCCCUGUGGUGGUGCACUGCAGUGCGGGCAUUGGCAGGUCUGGGACCUUCUGUCUGGCUGAUACCUGCCUCAUGCUGAUGGACAAAAGGAAAGACCCUUCAUCCGUUGAUAUCAAGAAAGUACUGUUAGAAAUGAGGAAGUUUCGGAUGGGGCUGAUCCAGACAGCAGACCAGCUGCGCUUCUCCUACCUGGCUGUGAUCGAAGGUGCCAAAUUCAUCAUGGGAGACUCUUCCAUGCAGGAUCAGUGGAAGGAGCUUUCCCACGAGGACCUGGAGCCCCUACCAGAGCACGUCCCCCGUUCUCCCUGGCCACCGAAAAGAAUCCUGGAGCCACACAGUGGGAAAUGCAGGGAGUUCUUCCCAAACCACCAGUGGGUGAAGGAUGAGACUGGGGAGGAUAAAGACUACCAGGUCAAGGAAGAAACAGAAAGCCCCUUAAAUGCCGCAUCCUACAGCAUGGAAAGCAUAAGUCAAGAAACUGAAGUAAGAAGUCGGGUCAUGGGGGGAAGUCUUCGAGAUGCCCAGGCUGCCUCCCCAGCCAAAGGGGAGCCGUCAUCAUCCGAGAAGGAGGAGGACCAUGCACUGACUCACUGGAAGCCCUUCCUGGUCAACAUGUGUGUGGCUGUGAUCCUCACGGUUGGUGCAUACCUGUGCUACAGGUUCCUGUUCAACAGCAACACAUAACUUGACCCUCUUCCACUCCACCUCUACCCACUGUCCACCUCUGCCCGCAGAGCCCACGCCCGACUAGCAGGGAUGCUGCAGUAGGUAAGGGUGUAGAGAGCCGGGCCCUGGAUGGACGUUAGUUCUGCAGUAAAACCCAUCUUCCCCGGAUGUGUGUCUCACCCCUCAUCCUUUUACUUUUUGCCCCUUCCCCUUUGAGUACCAAAUCCAUAAGCCAUUUUUUUGAGGAGAGUGAAGGAGAGUACCAUGCUGGUGGUGCAAAGGGAAGGGGUCUGCCCCUGUCCCAGGGCUCCCCCGACCCCAGAGCUCCCUUGUGGAGCAGCCCAGUGGGCAGCACACCAACAUCCCCCCUCAAAUCUGUAGGGAGCAACUCUCCACUCCAUAUAUAUUUAAACAUAUUUUCCCCCAAAGGCCUCCAUAGUGCACUAGCAUUUUCUUGAACCAAUAAUAUACUAAAAUGUUUUUGAUGUCAGCUUUGCAUCAAGAGCUUUACCAAAAAGUACAAUAAUAAAUCCUCAGGUAGUACUGGGAAUGGAAGACUUUGCCAUCAGCCUGCUGUGUCAGACCAGUACUGGAAAGGAGGACGGCUGUGAGCAGUCGUUACUUAGUGAUAUUGUGGGUAACGUGAGAAGAUAGAACAAUGCUUUAAUAUAUAAUGAACACGUGGGUAUUUAAUAAGAAACAUGAUGUGAGAUGACUUUGUCUGGCUUAUUCUCCUCCCUGCUAGCUCCCUGUUACCUGCUAGCUCUAGUUCUCGAUCACCACUCCCCCAUGUGUAUUAGAAUGCAUGUACGGUCUUCUUGUGUCCUGAUGAAAAAUUAUGUGCUUGAAAUGAGAAACUUGGAUCUCUGCUUACUCAUGUGCCCAUGUCCAAGUCCACUCUGCCUGUGCAUGACCUGAUCAUUACAUGGCUGUGGUUCCUAAGCCUGUUGCUGAAGUCAUUGUCGCUCAGCAAUAGGGUGCAGUUUUCCAGGAAUAGGCAUUUGCUAGAUUCCUGGCAUGACACUCUAGUGACUUCCUGGUGAGGCCCGGCCUGUCCUGGUACAGCAGGGUCUCGCUGUAACUCAGACAUUCCAAGGGUAUGGAAGCCAUAUUCAUGCCUCAUGCUCUGGACAUGAUUGAGGCGAGCAGAGACCCCUCCACCUUUGGGAUCAGCCUCCACUAUUCCAAGUCAGCACUCUUCUUGAACAGACCAUGGUUUGGAAGAGAAGCAACUGCUGGAAACCACACUUCUUAAACAGCCCUGAUGACGGUCCUGUAGGCAGCCUGCCACCAUCUCCGUCCUGGUUCAUCUUGCCGACAGAGGCGCGUCUGCCCCACCCUCGAACCCUAUGGGGCCCACUAGUGCUCACAACUCUUCCUGCAAAGGGAACUUAAGACCUCCAUGUUAAGUGGCUUUUUAACAAGAAAAACACGGCAGCUGUGGCUCCUGAGCUACUGUCUUGCCAGCAUUUUCACAUUUUGCCUUUCUUGUGGUAGAAGCCAGUACAGAAAGAUUCUGUGGUGAUAACAUUCGAGGCAUCGCCCCACAGAGAUGUGGUGAGAUAUGGAUAAGGCUCAGGUGCCAGUCUGUAAGCAUUCUGAGCUGGGCUUGUUGUUUUUAAGUCCUGUAUAUGUAUGUAGUAGUUUGGAUGUGUAUAUAUAGUAGCAUUUCAAAAUGGACGUACUGUUUAACCGCCUAUCCUGGAGAGCAGCUGGGGCUCUUCACCUUAUUAUGCAUAUGUUAGAGAGGUAGUGAGCUGUUCUGCUAUUUGCCUUAAGCCAAUAUUUACUCAUCAGGUCAUUAUUUUCUACAGUGGCUGUGGAAUCAACCAGUUUUACAAAAAUAACAACAACAACAACAACAACAAAGAAUUUAUUCAUCAACUGAUCAAGCUUAUUGUGAAUUUGAAAUUACUUUUUAAGAUGUUUGUCUUUUGUGUUCAAUGCCUUUAGGAUGGACACUAUUAUUAUGACCUUUUGGGUAUAAGUAGGUUAGGCUCAGAUUUUCCACAUUUUACACCUUCAUGUAAAAAGACACAACUUUAACUUUAAAGCACAUAAAUAUAAAGUCUGUAUUCCAAUAAUUAUUUCCUAACUUCAAUAAAUUUUAUAAAUGAUC